UUUUUACACCGUAAAUUACCCGUUUAUUAGUAAUUACCGUUAGUCUGACCAGUAGAUGGUUUGAACGGCGUCACGACUCAAGCAGUCACCUGGAUCUCUGAUUGGCUCAGAGCGCUGAUCCGGGUACUGCGCUAGAAGGAGCCCAUUAGCUAAAGGUACCAAUAUGGCGGAGGCUUCCCUAGGGAGUUCAAGUCCAGUUGGCUCUUUAUCAUCAGAGGACCAUGACUUUGAUCCAACAGCAGAAAUGUUAGUUCAUGAGUAUGAUGAUGAGAGGACUCUGGAGGAGGAAGAAUCUCUGGAAGGCGGAACAAAUUUCAGAUCUGAAAUUGCAGAUCUGGAAAAGGAAGGGAACAUGCCUUUAGAGGAACUGUUGGCCAUUUAUCGCUAUGAGGCCUCAGCAGGCUCCAGUAUAGACAGCUCCUCUGGAGACCUGACUGAUGAGCUCCCCGACAUGACUUUGGAUAAGGAGGAAAUAGCUAAAGACCUUCUGUCUGGAGAUUAUGAGGAGGAGACCCAGUCCUCAGCUGAUGAUCUGACUCCUUCAGUUACCUCCCACGAGGCCACUGAUUUCUUCCCAAGAACACUUAGAUCAAACGCUAUUUCUGACGGUGAUAAAGAGUCAGAGUGUGAUGAAGACGGCCCAAGCCCAGAGGACUCGAGAAAGGAAAUAAUGGUGGGAUUGGAAUACCAAGCAGAAGUUCCUUCUUGCCUCUGUCACUACAAAGAUGAGGAGAAAGCAUAUGAAGAUGAAGAUGAGUUACUGUGGAGUCCAGGUGUAUUAUCAGAAAACAAGGUUAGAAGUUUCCUGUGUGAAGUAUUGUCACGGACGACAGAUGAAAAGACGGGGUGUGACAAACCAGGAAUGCAUGUGCGAGACAAUGAGCAGGCUUUACGUGAGCUUGUAAAAUGCAACUACAACACCCGCGAAGCACUAGAAAGAUAUUGCAACCAUGUAAAGUCCUCAAAAGAAAAAUCACCUCCAUGGUCUGAAGAGGAAUGCAAGAACUUUGAACAUGCUCUUCAGAUGUAUGACAAGAACUUUCACCUCAUUCAGAAACACAAAGUCACAACAAGAACAGUAGCAGAAUGUGUGGCAUUUUAUUACAUGUGGAAAAAGUCAGAGCGCUUUGACUUCUUUGUGCAGCAGAAUCGGUUCGGGAAGAAAAAGUUCAGCAACUAUCCUGGAGUAACUGACCUGAUGGACAGGCUGGUGGAUGAAGCGGAGGGGUUAGCUGUGGACAGUUCCUCCUCCGUGUGUUCAGGUGCUGGUGGCGGUGGAAGGCUGGAAACAACCACAGAACAGCAGCUUAGUCUGCUCAACUCCAUCACUGCCAGUGACCUCACGGCUUUGAGCAACACUGUAGCCACAGUAUGCAGUCCUGCAGAGGUUAGCUGCCUGGACUCCUACAGCUUUCCUCCACUGGACAGUCUCCAUCGAGGUUCCCUGAACCACGAGGAAUCCCUUGGGUUCCCUGCUAAUGGUGCAGAACCUGACUGCCUCAAUAUGCUUGAGGCUGGCUUCUACCACUCAGAUCUGGGCCAGCUGGGAGGCGUGUGCGUCAACAAGGACUGUGAGCGGCCCUCCAAGAGACUCAAGAUGGCGCUGCCUGACUCCUUUAUCAAUGACGUAUCCGUGGGUAACCUCGGAGUGGACUUUGAUGCACGACGGACGACGACGCAUCACCACCGAAUCACCGGCGCCAAAAUGGCAGUAUCUGUCACAGACUUUGGGAGCUUGGCUGGGAGCGGUGAGCCCAACGGGUUUCUGGGAGCACAUGCACGGCACCACACACAGCACACUGCAGCACUUCAGUCAGAGUGAUCUUCCUCAUCUUCUUCCCUGUUCUUCCCUUUUAAGAUCCCUUUUUUUCCUGCUUGUACAUAAGACUGACCUCACUGGAAAAUUCAAUUUGUUUAAAUUCUAUUAUAUAUAUAUAUAUAUCUAUAUAUAUGUAUAUGACUAUACUUUUUGUUUUCAUUUUUUGUGUAAUAUGACAUCAGUGAUGUCUAUCAUAUAGAACUAAAAUCUUGAUUUCUCUCAAGAGUUUAUAUAGCCAUUUAUUUUAUUUUUGUUUUGCGGUCUUGAGAUGUGUAACGUCCAUGUACAGCAGGGCCCAGGGGCUGCAGUAGGAGAGAUGUGUCUCUUCCUCCUUCACAUCUACACCCACCAUCUUCAGAGCUUCAGUACCAUUAUCCUGCCAUUCUUCUAGCUGCCAAAAAUUUAGUUUCCCCAGCUCUGGUGUUAGCAUUUAGUUGCCUGUAUUUGUUGUUUAAGGUGGUACUAUUUUUUUUCUUCUUUUUUUUGUUUACAGGUACUUUCCAGUAACCCAACUUGUGCAAAUGGUUUUUAUAUGAUUUGAAUCUACCUGGGUACAUAACUGUACGAAGAGCAACACUAGCAUGGAGAUUAGCUUGGAAACCAGGAAGUGUCGUGGCUUAAGCUGCUAAGGCCAUCUUGUUUGGGUUUCUUCUCUUUAUGUUCUCUUGUGCUUUGUAGUCUGUCUGCUUAUUUACCUUUGUUCAAAGUGGCCAAUAUUGGAGGUUUUUUUUUUCCUUUUCUUUUAAUAAUGCCCAUGUAGUCAAACCCAAAUGAAUGGCCUUGUUUUUUUU